AUGGAGGAGUGCAUCUCUCCAAAGAGGCUCAACAGCUCUGAUGAUGGAACCAACAGGUUUCAGCUGCGGAGUCCCAACUCCCCUGUGCCCAGCUGUUUGUCCAUGAAGAGUGACAGAUCAAUGGAUUUGCCCAAUCACUUCACAGGAGACAUCGAUGAAGAUGAGGGACAAUCGAUUGCUGAGGCUGUUCAGACGACGACAAAAUCCUACCUAAGGCAGAAGUUUCAGUGUUUAUUUGAGGGAACAGCAGAGCACGGACACGUCAGACUUCUCAAUGAGAUCUACACGGACCUUUACAUCACAGAGGGAGACGAAGGGGGGGUGAACAAAGAACACGAGGUCAGACAGAUAGAGACAGCAACCAGAAGAACACAAGAAGAAGGCCCAGCCAUCAAGUGUAAUGACAUCUUUAAACCCUUACCUGGACAAGACAAACCCAUCAGAAGUGUGCUGACGAAGGGAGUGGCUGGCAUUGGAAAAACAAUCUCUGUGCAGAAGUUUGUUCUUGACUGGGCUGAAGGAAAAGCCAAUCAGGAUAUCGACUUCAUAUUUCCUCUUCCUUUCCGGGAGCUGAAUUUAAUCAAUGAGAAACAUCUCAGUCUAGUACAACUCCUUCAGCAUUUGUUCACAGAACUAAAAGACAUGCCACUUUUCAAUCCCGAAGAGCACAAAGUGGUGUUCAUCUUUGAUGGCCUGGAUGAGUGCCGACUUCUUCUUGACUUUCACAACAGCAAGCCAGUUUUCAAGGUGGAUGAUCCAGCCUCAGUGGAUGUGCUGCUGACAAACCUCAUCAAGGGGAAUCUGCUUCCCUCUGCUCUCCUCUGGAUCACCACCCGACCAGCAGCAGCUGAUAGGAUCCCACCUAAGUGUGUGGACCAGGUGACAGAAAUAAGGGGAUUCAGCGACCCACACAAAGAGGAGUACUUCAGGAAGAGAAUCCAUGAUGAGAACCUGGCCAGCAGAGCCGUGUCAUACCUGAAGUCAUCCAGGAGCCUCUACAUCAUGUGCCACAUUCCAGUCUUAUGCUGGAUUUUAGCCACUGUUUUAGAAACAAUGCUAACUGAAACAGACAGUGGAGAGAUCCCCAGAAGUCUUACCCAAAUGUACACACACUUCCUGAUCAUUCAGACAAGUAUAAAAAGGGACAAGUACACAGAACAAAAAGAGAGAGAUGAAGAGAUGAUUUUGAAACUGGGAAAAUUGGCUUUCCAACAGCUCGAGAAAAGCAAUUUGAUCUUCUAUGAGGAAGACCUGAGAGAGUGUGGCAUGGAUGUCACAGAAGCAUCAGUGUACUCAGGAGUGUGUACUCAGAUCUUCAGAGAGGAGUCUGGGCUGUACCAGGGGAAGGUGUUCAGCUUUGUGCAUCUGAGCAUUCAGGAAUUUCUUGCAGCUUUGUAUGUGUUCCUGUGCUUCAGCAACAGAGAGAGAAACAUGCCUGAUCAACAGCAAACAUCUCAGCUCUCUGCUCUGUUCAGAGCUGCAACACUUCAUGACCUACACAAGACUGCAGUGGAUCUGGCCUUACAGAGCGCGAACGGACACCUGGACCUUUUCCUCCGCUUCCUUCUGGGACUCUCACUGGAGUCCACUCACAAACUCCUAGACAGCCUUUUGAAAAAAACAGGGAGUAUCUUACUGAACACAGAAGAGACUGUGGAGUACAUCAAGAAACAAAUCAGAGAAGACUUAGAGUUUAACAGGGUGCUUAACCUUUUUCACUGUCUGAACGAACUGAACGACAGGUCCAUGGUGGAGGACAUGCAGAGAUACUUGCUCUCCGGUUGUCUUCCCUGGCCUAACAAUACCAUUCCCUCGUCCAGUCAGCUUGGGUGGUGCUAUAUCCCUCCGAGAAGCUGUGAGCUGCUGGGCUCAGUUCUGACCCAAAGCUCGUCACUCAUAAGAAAACUGGACCUCAGUGGCAACAAGAUAGAAGACUGUGGGGUGGAGAUGCUGUCGAACGGACUGGCAAACCCAAAGUGCAAACUGGAGCAUCUCAAGCUGAAUAACUGUUCCCUCACAAAGAGGAGCUGUGCCGUUCUGGCCUCAGUACUCUCCAGCAGCUCCUCCUCCCUCAGAGAGCUGAACCUGAGCGGAAACAGGAUUCUAGACGCAGGAGUGAAGCUCCUCACACACGGCCUCAACAGCACACACUGCAAACUGGAGGUGUUAAGACUCCAUAACUGCGGUCUCACAGACGAGAGCUGUGCUUCACUGGCUUCGGCACUGAGGUCCACCCGCUCCCACGUGAGAGAGCUCCACCUGAGCUGCAACACACUGGGCCAGUCCGGAGAGAAGCUUCUGGAAGCGCUGCUGAAGGACCCCAGCUACAGGCUGCAGAGGUUGACCCAUGACACGCUCCUCCACGAGGAUCCCUUCUCCCCCCGCAGCCAUGACACGCUCCUCCACGAGGAUCCCUUCUCCCCCCGCAGCCAUGACACGCUCCUCCACGAGGAUCCCUUCUCCCCCCGCAGCCAUGACACGCUCCUCCACGAGGAUCCCUUCUCACUCCUCCCCGCAGCCAUGACACGCUCCUCCACGAGGAUCCCUUCUCUCCCCCGCAGGCUUGUCACGUCACGCAGCGCUGCUGUCACACCUCAUGAGAAGUCUACUUACUGA